GCGUGCGCCAAUAUAUGUCAUUGGUUCGAAAUGUACAACGGAGGAGGCCGUGAGUACAGGCCUACAAUGAGCGAUACCGGUUGCUCUGGACUCCGUCCUUGGCACGUACUCCUCUCCGAAGACGAGGUUAUCCACGACGGCCUCGCUCCAUCGGAUUCGCGGAUCAAUUUCUCACAUGUAUACCGUGCCGUCGUGUUUGAACAUCUUCGUCUCUUCGAACCUCAUCAUGGUCCAGAAGCCGCCCGCGAGCUGCAGGACCUCGAUGACGGGUAGGCACCCCUCGGUGCAGCUGGAGAGCAGCGAAAUCGGGACAAUGCGUUUUGCGACCAAGGCGAGGUGAAUGGCGUCUUGAACUCCCGAGUCGAGGCCCUAAGAUUAUGGGCAUAUUGGGCGGAUCACUCUGACGUGGUUAAGAUAUGUCGCUGACGUGGUCUCCAAUGGGAGGAUGAACGUGAACAGCAUCUCCACGAACACCCUCCCCUCGCUGAGCGCUCGACUAUACGACUGCUCGUUAUAUACUCGCGCAAUCCAAUACACUUUCGCAAGCCGUCAGGGUCGGAUGUGAUCUUCAGGACGCGCCGAGAGAGGCGUUGACCGACCGUCAUAACCUGCACAAGAUCUGGACAGGUUCGAAUGCUGUCGGUCGCACUACCGCACUGAUAGGCAUCACGAGUAAGCUCAAAGAUCUAGGAAACACUGGAGCCAUGCACCAAGGUUCGCGGGCAUGUCCGAACCAGUAUUGGGAUCGCGGUCUAUCCAGGGCUGCUGCGUGCGCAGAUCGGCGACUCCCCACUGUCCUACAUGCCGGUCGUCAUGGAACGACAGACUAAGGAUGUUGCGGAUGGUGCCUCUUGUUCGCAUUUUACUCGAGAUCCCCGCAGCGCCGCGUUCGUCUCGAUGUGAACACCAUAAUCCUUUCGCUAAUCUAUCCGCAAGCAUCGCGCGCAGCCGGGAAAGAGGAAGGGAUAUGAAGCUUUCUUUGCACCGUACGAGUACAGCGGUCUUCUGAUGAUGGGCG